AUGAGUGAACAGAAGAUAGAAUCGAGAAUAGACGCCCCGUUCAUACAGGGGUGUCAGGAGCCAGACCCCACCCAACCAAGAGCCAGUGCCGCGUUUGUGGUAUUGGCAAGAAACUCAGAGAUCGAGGGAGUGGUACUGUCGAUGAAGUCUUUGGAACGUCACUUCAAUCAGUGGUACAACUACCCGUGGGUGUUCUUGAACAACGAGCCUUUUACUGAAGAGUUCAAGAAGACGGUUGCAUUAUACACUUCAGCCGAGGUGGAGUUUGGUACUGUGCCAGAAAAAGAAUGGGAAUUCAGCGAAGAGGUGGACAAGGCGGAGUUUGACGAGAGCUUGAACAGCCAGGGUGACAGGAGGAUCAUGUACGGAAACCUCCCCUCAUAUCACAAAAUGUGUCGAUUCUACUCGGGAUUUUUCUACAAGCACGAGUUAGUAACCAAACGGGAUUGGUAUUGGAGAGUUGAACCAGACGUUGAGUUCUUCUGUGACCUCACAUACGACCCAUUUGUAGAAAUGGAAAAGAGAGGAAAGAAAUACGGUUUUACGGUUGUGAUUGAUGAGCUCUAUUACACGGUUCCAGGACUUUUUAGAGAGACUAAAGCUUUUCUCAAGAAGAAUAAGGUGAAGGUAGGAUCGGCAUGGAAUUUGUUUGUCAAGGAUUCAAAAUACACCACGGGAAAGAACUAUGCAGACUACGAUAAUCUCAAGGAGAGGAAGGAAAUUUUACAGGAGAUCGAGGAUCGACUUACGAUGAAAAAGUUCUUGGAGAUCAAGGGCAAAAAAGAUGCAGAUGUGGCCAAAUUCAAUGUCGAUACCGGGUUAAUCAAGCAACUAUUUAGAAGGUCUAAAGAAAAACCAAGCUUGUAUGAAGAUAGAAUGGAUCGCGAGGAAUACAACUUGUGUCAUUUUUGGUCCAAUUUUGAGAUUGCAAGAACAGAUCUAUUCACAUCGGAAAUCUACCAAAAGUAUUUUGAGCACUUGGAUGCCAGUGGGGGUUUCUACAGGGAAAGAUGGGGCGAUGCUCCGGUCCAUUCUCUCGCGAUAGGAAUGAUGUUGGAAUUGAGGGAUGUACAUUACUUCCGUGACAUUGGGUAUAAGCAUUCCGCUAUUGGACACUGUCCCGGAAACUCUCCAAUCGGUCAGAAACUGUACAAGGAGAGCGAAAACUACAGUCGUGCCAAGAGUGGCAUCAAGCCAGACGAGUACUGGCUCGCACCAGAUAAGCCCGUGUGGGCUGGUGUUGGUUGCAGGUGUAGAUGUCCAAAGAAAUUGAGGGAUGUGGAGGAUUCCAGUUCUUCUUGUAUCCGUGACUGGGCCAUACUCACCUCCGACGACUACAGAGCAUUUCAAUCCGUGGAUUUGGAUGAAUGGGAAGAGGUCAUCGAGAAACUAUUGGACAGGUACUUGGAGAACGAAGGGAUUCUAGGCAACAAUAGGAUUGCCGAGACUGUUUUGAGCUAG